AUGCUGUCUCCGUCCCGAGUGUUGAUCUCCAAUGGCGUCCGCCAUGUGGUCGACGUUCGCACACGUCCUACGAACCUCUGUCGAUACUGCCCUUCCCUCAGACCCCGUCGCAUGAUCACGUUCCCCAGCAGAAGCGCAAUCGAGACAGCCACGCGUCAAAGUGCGCAGCAAUCUGCGCAAACGACGGGCGCGGAGCUGGGAGCGAAAAAGCCUGGGGAAUCGGACACACGACACAGUUCCAUCUGGCGCUUUGCCCGGAGCUGGACAUGGCGGCUCUUCGUCAUCGCUCCGCCGCUGCUAGUCCUCUUCAUGUCGUUCCCGUUCACCAUCAUGCGAGUGCAGGGCGCGUCAAUGGCCCCCUUGUUCAACAUCAACUCCUCUCCGCACCUCCCUCCGACUGCGCCGGACGUCAUCCUCGUGAAAAAGGUCAAGGGCAUCGAGGCGUUCCCAAACCUGACAAGAGACGGAUCUUCGCGGUUGACACUGAAGAGGGGGCAGAUUGUGGUCUUUUAUGCGCCUCACGAUCCCACAAAAUUGGCCGUCAAGAGGGUCAUCGGCGUUCCAGGAGACAGAGUCAAACCCCUGCCCGGCUAUCCGGGGGGCGAUGACCCUGUGAUUGUGCCGUACAACCAUAUCUGGGUCGAAGGGGACGCGAACAGCCGGGAAAAGUCCAUGGACUCAAACUACUUUGGACCCCUCAGUCAGAACAUGGUGUUGGGUCUGGUGACGGCAGUUCUGCCGCCAUGGGCCUGGCCGGUCGCUGUCCGCGGCGACGAACACGAUUACCCUGCCAAAACGAGCGGAAGGCUGGAGAAGGACGUGGUGCAGCACGCAAAGUUGGAUCCUGAUACCGAGGCGUCGAAGCAAGACGACCCUUUCGAGGACGGCCGAGCUGCGAUCGAGUUGGCCAUGAUGCGGCAGAACCGAGAUCACCUGAUCACAAUGAUAAGGGACAAGUCGAAGUUUGACCGAAUGAAGACCAUGUACGAACGUGCAAAGACAGAGUUGCAGCACGGCACCGACGAGUCGAGGGAGGUCGCCAGUGGGCUAGUGGAAGAGCUGCAGGUCCUGUUUGAGAGCGUGGGAUUGAACAAGGAUGGAAGCGCGAUGCCCCCGGCACUGAGGAGUUUGAAAGAGGGACGAACGGACGAGGGAAAUCUCGAAAAGCAGAAAAGACUGGAUGAAUAUCUGGCCCGACAACGCCAAGCUUCGAAUGACGGCAUCGGAUCUCAAGCCUAG